ACCGCGCGGUACGCGUGCAUCGGCGCCGUUCGUUGCCGGCCGGUCGGUCGGCGCAGGAGCAGUCAGGUCAGGAGCAGUCGAGAGCGGCGCGAGCGCAAGCGAAGGUGGCUCUCCUUCUCUCUUCCCCGCCGAUGAUGAACGGCGCGGAUAGCUGUCAGUCCGCGUUCCGUGGGUGCAUCUCGUCGAGCGUCUCGAGCGUGUGCGCGCGCGAUGCGCCGUGUGGCCGCCGGUUUCGUGCUCGCGGUAGCGACGACGACAGGCGACGACCACUAGCCCUCGUCGGUACCUCCAGCUUCCCGGGAGUAUCCUGGGAGCCCCGCUGAAUCACACGUCGCCGUGGAUUACCCGCGCUGGGGUGGCACGAGCGUGGCGUCGAGACGGCGGAGCACGGAAGAGCAACGGGCAACCAGCGAGGAGCGGAGCGGCGGCGAGUCCGAUAAUCCGACGAUGGGCGGACGGACGAGAGGAUUCUGAGAGCUUGUAGCGAUAUACACCUCGUCGCCGGCUUCAUCGCUGGCCGUCCGGGUCGUCCGGGCCGCACGUUUCAACGAAACGAUGGAGGCUUGCCCCGCGAAUGUGUCCAGGAUAGAGGGUGCGUAGGACUCGCCGAGGUAGACCGAGAACGAGAGAUCCAGCAUGGGGAAGUGUUGCAGCAAACGGCAAGAGUCUCAACCGAUCGGCUAUAAGAAAGCAGACACGGGACUCAGCUCAAAGCACAGCAAUGGAGGUUCCUUGGACCGAUACACCGCCGACCCAAAUCAGAGAGGCGUGCAAGCUCGGGCGGAUAUUAUCCGACCGAGGCCGACACCCUGUAAGCUACAGAUACCGCAUCAGCAACCCCGCAAAACGAAUCCGCCUGUUAAGUCUGCAUCACACUCACAAAGAUCCAACAAGAUCGUGGUGGCACUGUACAAUUACACGGCGCGAGAAAGCACCGAUGUUAGUCAUACCGAUGUUAGUUUCAUGAAAGGCGACCGAAUGGAGGUCCUCGAUGAUUCCGAGCCGGACUGGUGGAGAGUGCUGCACUUAACGACUCUGCAGGAAGGCCUGAUCCCAUGGAAUUUUGUGGCAGUCGAGCGGUCGGUCGAAAGCGAAGAUUGGUUCUUCGAAAAUGUGUCGCGCAAGGAGGCAGGCAAGCUGCUGCUGGUCGACGAGAAUCCUCGCGGUACGUUCUUGGUGAGGCCGAGCGAGCACAAUCCCCGGGGUUACAGCUUGUCGGUUAAGGAUUGGGAGGAAGGAAGGGGUCACCAUGUAAAACACUACAAGAUUAAGCCGCUCGACAAUGGCGGCUUCUUCAUCGCCACCAAUCAAACGUUCUCCAGUUUACCUGCUUUGGUCAUGGCAUACAGCAAAAACGCGUUGGGUCUCUGUCACGUGCUUUCGAAGCCCUGCCCGAAACCGCAACCGGAUAUGUGGGAUCUCGGGCCUGAGUUGCGCGACAAGUGGGAAAUCAACAGGAACGAGAUACAGCUGAUCUCGGAACUGGGUAACGGCAAUUUCGGCAAAGUUUAUUACGGCAAAUGGCGAAAUAAAAUCGAGGUGGCGGUAAAGACGCUGCGUCCAGGGACCAUGUCGACCGAGGCGUUUCUGCAGGAGGCAGCUAUAAUGAAGCAAUUCCGACACAGGCAUCUGGUCGCGUUAUACGCGGUCUGCUCAAAAGAGGAGCCCAUAUACAUUGUACAAGAAUACAUGUGUAAUGGCAGCUUGUUGGACUUUCUCCGAAAGGGAGACGGAAAGUACAUGCAGUUUGAGGAUCUGAUUUAUAUUGCGGCUCAAGUAGCCUCCGGUAUGGAAUACCUCGAGAGCAAACAGCUUAUACACAGAGACCUCGCGGCGAGAAACGUACUGAUUGGCGAGAAGAACAAAGCGAAGAUCUGCGACUUCGGUCUCGCCAGGGUGAUCGAGGACGACGAGUACUGUCCGAAGCAGGGGAGCAGGUUUCCCGUCAAAUGGACUGCGCCGGAGGCCAUUGUCUACGGUAGGUUCAGCAUCAAGAGCGACGUUUGGUCCUACGGAAUCUUGUUGAUGGAGCUCUUCACUUACGGACAAGUUCCUUAUCCUGGUAUGCACGGUCGUGAAGUGAUCGAGCAAGUGGACAAGGGCUACCGCAUGCCGAAACCGUUGAAUCAUCCGCUACCCGACAGCAUCUACCGAUUGAUGCUACAGUGCUGGGACGCUAGCCCCGAAAAGCGACCCACGUUCGAGUUCCUGAAUCACUAUUUUGAGUCAUUCAACGUCACUAGCGAAAUACCGUAUCUCGAACCGCCGACGGACUGAUAUACAGCCCAUCAAUAUAUGCAAAAUCAUCAUCUGCCGGCGCACGGUCAUUUUCACCCAGCCCACAUCAAUUGUGCCAUGGAAUUUUAUGGUAUUUACUGCUAAGUAAAUUAUUUAGCAUGUAUCACGCCGCCCCCCAUCGGAACCUUCGCGGAAUGGUUGCAUCGUUCUCACGGAGAGGAGAUAUAUCUAGUGAGAGAACGCACAUACGUAUCCUCGCGAUACUCUGCAUUAUUGUCGCGAGUGGCAUUUUUUCGACUGCGAAAUUUUUCUACAGAUUUUGGCGACCAAUCUUUACAGUGCCGCGACCUUGUCGAACUAUCACUGUCAAAUGCUGCCGAAAAUUACACCUCUUAUCCCUCUUUUCUCCUCUAUCCCUUACGUGUCCUUAUAUGUUCUUAGUGUUAAGCACUAAAAACGUCAAACGGUUUGGAAGUUGAGUGUGCCAUGGUGUUUUUUGUAAGUAACGUUCGCAGGAACGAAUUGACGAGAUUCUAAUCUUCACGACCAAUCAGGCGUUAACCGUAAUAUUUAGAAUCGAAAACGAGAAAUGAUCGCGAUUUAGACUCGCGGAAGCACCGGCGAGUCUCGUUUUACCUGCCCAUAAAAUUCGUGACUACCUAAGCGCGUUUUCAUACUUUCGACGAUGAGCAACCACAAUAAUAAAGACGCUAGCAAUGUCAGUAAAUUUAGACACAAGUCACGGUAUUAGAGAGUAACGUGAUGUAAGUUUUGAGGUAAAUUUCGGAAUUAUAGAUUAUACAACAUAAUCGUAUAUUAGUAUGUUAGCGUAUGAUUACGAGAUAUAUAUAUAGAAAGUGAAAAAGAGAGUGUCGUGUAAAGGAGUGUAUGCGUGUGCGUGUUUGCGCGUGUUGUGAAUUUGUGAUUUGUCACACACAAGAGCAUGUUGUAUUUAUAUUUUAUUGAUCUCGGAUCAUGGUUACAUCCGAAUUUUCCUAAGGUCCAGCUUUCGAAUACGUAGUCCUCGAAGGCAAACUUUAGUACCGUUUGUAACGAAACACAUGAUUUUUUAAAGCGAGGGCUGAACGUAUAUAUGAAAUUAUAUGUGAAGAAUGUGGAUUUUUCGCAUGUAGUUUGUCCGCCGAGAGAAACUCUAGAAGAGAAUUCUCGUGAAACGUGGAACGGUUACUGUGUACAAGCCGCGUGAAGCUUAUUUUCGCGAAAUGAUAUUAACGGUUCGACGGUUUAUUCCUCCUAAGUGUUAAGAAUCGUGUGUACGAAUUUACGUGCGCUUACCUAUUAUUGCUACGCAAUAAUUUCUUUUCGGUUGUAAAACGCACGCAAAGGGGCAAUGGGAUGUAUUCACUUGGACUUUAAAGGUCUCAGUGUUCAGUCGAGAGUUUUAUCUGUAGAGAGCGACUUUCGAUAGCAACUUGUUAACUUAUUCUCCGAGAACGGUCCUCGAUGACAAAAACUCUCGAGUGUGCACAUAGCCAAACGUGUCUGCCAAAAACAGAUCUGAUUGUAUUUAAGAUUAUAUCCGCUUUCUAUUUUUAUCUUUUUAUAUUUCUUGUCUGACGCAGCACACCGAUGUAUUUAAUAUUGCCGGCGUUUUCACGCAUGGAUAAGUUGUUUUAAAUACGUAUAGAUAGUCUAUCAGAGUUUGAUUUAAAUUAAUCCUGCGAAAGCGCAGUGAACAUCUCGCACAAAUUUACGUUAUUUUUAUUUCGGCAGUUGCUGUAUAGUGUCGUUGAAUUAUAUACAAUGCUUUUCCGCAAAGUACCAUUGGUCUUGUUGAAAAGGAAAAAAAGAAGGGUAUAAAAAUAAGAAUAUACGAAAGAAGCGAGAAAGUUACUAAUAUCCGGAUAAAUGCGAGUGCGUGAAUGCGUUUGAGAAGAAAAAAAAAGAAAAGAAAAAUAUCCCAAAGUCCGCGAUGUAAGCUGACGCGGCGAAUUUUACAUCGGGAUAAAUCGGAAAUGCAUUUUCGGAUAAACUUAAGUCAUCGAUGUUACUCGUACAAAGCGUCUGAAAAAUUGUAAAUUUUCUACUUAAAGAAGGAAGAAAGGAAAUACAAACGACGGGUUAGAAUAGAGAUUACUUAGACGAUAAGCGUGACAGUCUCGUCGGCGGAUCGACGAUUUUGCUUUCUCUUCGCGGUGCUCGAAAAAGGUAUUCUCGCGAAUCGCCUCCGAUUUCCCAGAAUUCAACGUCGUCCCCGCGAGGCACGUUACGCGCAAUCGAGUCGAUCGUACCGACGUCGGUUUAUUUAAGCCAAUUCUUGUAACGUCAAUUUUUUUUAAUUUUCUCAUUAAUUUUAAUCAAUCAAUCAAUCAAUCAAUCAUUGGACUGUUAAUUAGAAUUGUGACGAAAAGAUGUCAAGACGUUUUAUUACUGGAUACAUCGAGCAUUAUGUCAACAAAGUGCUCAAUGUGGGCGUAUAAAAUCUUAAUUAUAUCACUAUCUUCUCGAGGUACGUUGUAGGUAGCCUGGACAGACUUAUAAUCUGAAAAGGAUGGCGAAUAGUUAAUUGGUACAAUCAGCUGAAUCAAGCAAUCUAUGUUGAUUGCAUCACAUAUAAUAGAUGGUGACAGUAACGAUUAAAUUUUCUUUUGUAUAUUAUAUGAUUUAAAAAUAACGACGUAAAAAGAAAUGUUGAAUUGCUAAUUAAAGUGGCCAAAGAUAAUAUAAGAGAAAAUAUUACUAUGAGAUUUUACAUUUAAAACGUUCUACAUUAAGCUCGUUUUAAUCGAUUCUCCUUUUUGUAUCUCUUCCUACAUCGUAACAGAAACUGAUUCACAAAGAAACAGAAAAUUAACCGGAAUCGACUGUGGGUGCGAUCGAUCUUGAAUGUAUACAUUUUACUAUGUCACGAUAAACGCGAUGAGCCAUUACGAUACGAUAGAUAUUAGAGUGAUUAAAGUGAAAACAAAAUGUGAGUGCGUUGCGCGCAUGCGAGCGUAGAAAAUUGUUACAUCCGUGUCAGCGUGAUCCUCUUUUCAUGUGUAUUUUACUGCGACUGAACAAGAGAGCAUUACGAGCAAUAACGCGGUAAAUCCGCAUAUACACAUACACCGAUUAUCAUGCGAUAAGUUAAAACACUGCUGCAAUAUCAAUUUCGUAUCUUUAUGUAAAAAAACAUAACAAAAGAUGAAGCGAUUUCUUGAGUAAUAGACAUCUAUUCCAAAAAUAAAAUGAGAAAUCAGUGAUCGCCAUUUAUAUGGCCAUUAAUAUGAUAAUUGUAUUAUCAGCAAUAAAUCUAUUAUUAUGAAAAGAAUAAUUGUGAUAUGGUCGAAGAAGUCUAAACAACACAAACAUUUAUCUGAAAAAAUGUCAAAAAAAUUAAAAUAUUUUCUAAGCACCUCUCUUUAAAAUAUACAAAUAUAUAAUAUAUAAAAUAUUGUCUGACAUAUUUGCAUCUAAUUAUUAUGAUACACAAAUAUCUGAAAAAAUGUAAUUUUUUUAGAUUAGUUACGGCUAAUUAAUCUUUCUACCCUCUAUUAGACUCCUACGUUGUUUGGAUAGACUUUGAUAUUGCGGCAGUCCUUAUUUUAUGAAAAUCCUAGAAUCCGUAAGAGAAAUCCUCACCGCGAUGUUUACAUAGUACGUAGCAUAUUUCCAAUAAAAAUUAUAGCGACAUCGCAUGGAAGAGUGCGCGUGAAAAGGUGUUCACGUUUACGUAGCAUUAGAGAGUAGGUGUAUUACGUCCAGUACAUUUUUUCUAUGAGCGUUUUAUACCGAUGAUAAACUUGUUUUCUCAUGAUAAACGAUCACUUGGAAAUUUCGCUGAUGAUGAUGAUAAUCAUGAUCGCUGCCGUAGGUCGUAGAUUAAAAAAAAAAAGGACAUAGGGUUUGAACUGAUGUGAGCUCAAUAGGAACGAUACAGACAGCAGAAAUGUCCCAAUAUCAUAAGGAUAUCUGAAAGACGUUUACUCGAUAGCUGAAGAAUUAAAACACCUUUCAGACAUACUUGAUGUGACUUUCGGACUUUCGUGUUGAAAGGAAAUCGACAAUUUUGAGCGACCUGAAGCGUUCGCGUUAUAUGGUAUAUAUAUUCGCGUAGACUGUUUCAUUCGGAUCACAUUUGGACCAUCUAUUUACAAAUUAUUAUGGUAAAGGCAUUGUGGCCUUUUUCCACUGGAUAUAGAGACUGAUAUUGUUUAAAAUAAAGCCUGCGUGCUAUCGGGAAUCUUACGUCCGACCGUUCGCAAAAUCUCUAAAUAAAAUAUUUUUAAAUUUCAUAAAUCUGAACUGUAAUAUACGUUUUGUCAAUUAUAUACAAUUAUACACGACAAUCUUUUGACUAAUCGAGCACAGUAGCACGAGUUUGCAAUUGUUUAUACGGUGAGAAGUUGGAUAUCAUAAAUUUCAUUAAUUUAUAAAUGUUUUUUCAAAUCUCUGGUGUGUGAUCGUCUGCAAUUAAUUCUCGUAUGCUUGAUAAUAAAUAUAAGUACGUGUCUCUGAGAUUUAUUGGAAAACACCUCGGACGUAUUAUUCCCGCAUCCUUUAUUUGCAAAGAUUUGCAAUGUUUAAAUUAUUACGGUGACCUAAGAAAAGGGCGAGAUCAACGGUAUGCAUAUUGUACUUAAUGAAAAUUAUACUUUCAAUUAAUCGUGGAUUUCGCAACAUCUCCCUCGGAGACAGCGUAUCCGUUCGUGGAAAUCCAUUUGAAUGAAAUUUUCGUAAAUCUGUGAUAUAAGGGCAGACCUCUUUCUCUAUCUUUCUUCUUCUUCUUCUUCUUCUUCUCUCUCUCUCUCUCUCUCUCUCUCACGCGUUUUGAUACAAGAUUCGACAUUGUCGUCUCGAUGGCAACCACGAGAGCAUUGUGCCACCGAGGGAGGAUGAUUAUCCACGAUUAUUGUAUUAAUAUAAUCGUUUACAGUACGGAGUCGUCUUACGUGAUGCGCACAUCAAAAAAUAUUUUCUCGUAUGCCCGGCUUUCUUUCGAAUUUUCUUCACAUCGCGUACAUCACCGCGUGUCGACGUGCGUUUUCAUUCGUGCUGUACCUAAAGCGAAAACGAUCAAUACACUGUUGUCAUUGUUUAUAUACCAAAGCUUAUUAUCAUUAAGUAACUUAACGAUUACUUUGUGUUAUUAUUAUAUUAAUUGUCGUAAGCCUAUGCAGAUAAAUAUAUUAUGUAUCAUAUUAA